GCGGGGCUCUUAAAGGCGCCGCGUCCCGGUACCGAGCCCGCCGCCGGUACGGGGAUGGAGGCGGCGCCCGCCACAGCGGCGGCCCCGGGCUGGCGCUGCCGGCCGGGGGGACGGCUGGACAUGAGCCACGGCUUCGUGCGUCACAUCCGCCGCAACCAGCUCGCCAGGGACGCGUACGACCGUGCGGUGCGGCAGGCGCGGGGCCGAGCGCGGACGAGGCUGACACCGGGCCCGGCGCGGCCCCGGCGGCCCGACCAGCAGGUGUACCGGCCGCACCGGGGCGGCGGGCCCGGGGGCGAUGCCAGCGCGGGUUCCCCCGCCGAGGGCAGCGGGGCCGCCCCGGAACCGGCGCGGGGGCCGCGGCUCUUCUGCCUCGAGUACGAGGGCGACGACGGGCGGGUGACGGCCGUGAUCGUGCACCAGGGGGACAGCGCGGAGGAGGUGACGCGGCGCGUGUGUGCCCACAGCCCCCUGGAGCCCCCCCUGCGCAGGGCGCUGUGCCAGCGCGUGCAGGACGAGCUCAGCAAGCGCCGGGGCACGGGGUGAGGCUGCGGGCACGGCCCCGGGCGCUGCCGCCCUGCCCCGGGACCCGCGACGCCCCCCGGGACCGCCGCCGUCCCCCGGUGUCAAUAAAGGUGCUGCGAGGCUCCGUGUCCUUCACUGCUCGGGGAAACUGAGGCACGGCGGGGUGUGUGUGUGUGGGGGGGGGUGUGACGCGGCCCCUGUGUCCCCGAGUGUCACCUUGCCACCCGUCCCAUGCAGCAGCCCAGGGGGGGUGGCCCCUGCAGUGACACCGGCUGCCAGGCCUCUCCCGGGUGCCAC